AUGUCGCACCCCACGCCUUCGACCGUCGCGCCGUGGAAACGGACGUUCCAGGAACACCUCGAACGGGCGGGCGGCGCUGGGUUCGAGUUCACCCUCGCGACGGUGACCGAGUCCGGGUUGCCGCGGGCGCGGACGUGCAUCUUCCGCGGCUUCUGGGCCACGCUGCCGGAGAACGAGCACAACAAACUCACCAAGAACCCGCUCGUCUACGAGUCCGACUGUCCCACGUUUACGACCGACGCGCGCAUGAGCAAGACGUACGAGCUGUUCGCCACGGGCAAGGGCAAGGGAGAUCUCGCGCAGUCUCGCUCCGGGUCCGGCGGGGGCGGUCCCGUCGAGGCCGUCUACUGGGUCAAAGAGACGCGGACGCAGUGGCGCAUCCGGGGUAAAUGCUGGCUGGUCGCGGCCGACGACGUGGAAGGCGGCACGCCCGAGGCUCAGAAUUCGGGCACCGUGUCCCUCAAGGCCGAGGUAGGGCGAUACAUGCGCGUCCGCGACGGAUCCGACGACCACGACGCGCAACAAGGGACCAACGACUGGUCCUGGCGACGCGAGGUGGAGAAUUACUUUGAAAACAUGUCCCCGGUCAUGAGGGGCUCGUUCAAGAACCCGCCGCCGGGCCAGCUCUUGUCGCAAGGCAGAGAUGAGGCGGCGGGCGAGGCGCUGGGCCAGAAGGCAGGCCACCUCUCCGAGGAGACGCUGGCGAGGAAGAACUUCCGCGUCGCCAUCAUCACGCCCGAGCAGGUCGAGGCGGUCGACUUGACGGAUCCGACAAAGGCCACCAGACAGAUCUGGACGCUGGCCGAGGAGGGAGGCGGCCCUGGCGGUCCCCAGCCGAGUGAAUCGAUAGGAGAGUGGAACAGGGUUGAGACGUGGCCGUGA